GAUGAGGGCGGAGACUGAGUGAGGGGCAUCCUAGGGGGGACUUGGGGUUGCAGGAUAGGAGGCAGUGCACCCCCAAACUAGCUGGUAGCGGGAGUGGCUGAGCCUGGCUGGAAUAUUGCACAGCCACCUCCUAGGAAAUAUUGAUGUCAACAUAACGAUAUGUCAUUGUUCGUGCCCGGUAUUGCAAAGAUGUCUGCAUCAUCCAAGCUAUGUUAGGAGCUGAUGAUUGCUGGACUGGUCACUGACUCACCCACUCAGUUAUAUCACUCAAAUUGGCUCCCACGUGAUGGCUGCUGCAGAAACAAUACUGAUGGAAGAGCAACAUUGAAGGACUCAAGGACCCAAUCAUGCAAGAUUUCUUCCACCAGUGCCUCAAUGAAAAACUGGGAAAUUCCAAUCAACAUCAAUAGGAGAAUGUUGGCAGCACUUGGGGUGCCUUCAAGGUCAUUGAUGAUGUGGAUUUGAAGAGACACUUGGAUUCUCUAUCAGGAAACAUCAAGACUGUUUUGAUGAGGAUGACCAGAAGAUACAAGAGUUGAUUGACUGCAAGCACAAGGCCUUUUGUGCUUGGCAGAACGCCACCAAUUCCAAGCAAAAGAAACUGAAUCUCCAACAAGCCAAGGCAGAGGUUCAAAGGAGGACCUUUGAUAUGAAGAACAGAUGGUGUGAAGACAAGGGAAAGAGAUUCAAUAUCCAUGAUAUGUGUGGUUUCUUCAGUGCCGCCCAAGCCAUCUGUGGUCUGAGCACUCAGGGACCAACAAGACCUAAGGAUGGAGGAGACCUGGUCAAGGAAAGGGGAGCCAUCAGUGCCUAUUGGAAGGAGCAUUUUGAAGACCUUUCAGUUGAGAUUGUUAAGGAGAGUGCUCUCAACUCCAUUCUGAAACACCCAGUCAGAGGUGAUCUCGGAAUCCCUCCAACCCUUGACAAGGUGAGGAAAGCCAUCAAUCAGAUGAAGAAAGACAAGGCAUCUGGAGCUUAUGGAAUCCCUGCCGAAAUCUUCAAGCAGGGACAGAAAGGAGCUCACUUCACAGCUCCAUGCCCUCAUCUUACGGAUUUGUAAUGAUAAGGAAAUUCUAGAUGAUCUCAGUGAUGCCAUGAUCAUGACAGUCUUCUAGAAAGCAGACACGUCCAACUGUGGAAACUAUAGAGGGAUCACCUUGCUGUCCACCACAGGAAAGAUUGUUGUGAGAACCCUCCUGAACCAUCUCCUUCCACUUGCUGAAGCGCUUCUUCACCCGGAAUGGUUUAGGGCAUCAGGGGGCACAACUGACAUGAUCUUCAUAGCUCACCAGCUUCAGGAGAAAUGCCAGGAACAAUAUAAGCCUCUCUACAUGGCCUUCUUUGACCUCAUGAAAGCCUUGGACUCUGUCAAACACAAAGCGUCCUUCUGGGGUAUGGAUGCCCACCAAAAUUCAUCACCGUUCUUUGCCUGCUCCGUGACAAUUUGUGAGUGAUGGUUCUCAAAAACAUCUAUCACAGAGCCUUUUGAAGUUAAAAUGGAAGUUGUUAGGAUGCAUCAUUGCUCCAACUCUCUUUGAUAUUCCUUACCACAAUGCUGCAUCUGACUACAAACAAGCUUCCAGUUGGAGUGGAGCUAAACUAUCGAAUGGAAAGUAAGCUGUUUAAUCUCAGCUGACUCCAAACCAAAACCAAGACCAACCUGACCUCAGUCAUUGAGCUCCAGUAUGCUGAUGAUGCUGUAGUCUGUGCUCACUCGGAAGCAGACCUUCAGGCAGUUGUUGACGUGUUUACUGAAGCGUAAUGGGACUGACACUUAACAUUCAGAAGACUUAAGGUCCUCCAUCAAUAAGUUCUUAAUGAGCAGUCCCAGCUCUGGUAAUCCAGAUCCAUGGUGAGACUCUGGAGAAAAUCAAGUAUUUCCUGUAACUUAGAAGCCAUCUCUCGCAGAAGGCUGACAUCAAUGAAGAAACCCAACAUCACCUCAAAUGUGCAAGCGAAGCCUUCAGACACCUGAGGAGAUGGGUGUUAGAAGAUCACAUCAGAUCCAAAAACAAGUUCAUGGUUUAUCAAGCAGUCAUGAUCCGCACCUUACUGUACGGAACUGAGAUGUGAGCAGCAUACAGGAAACACCUCAAGUUGUUGGAGAAGUACCAUCAACAUUGCCUGUGGAAGAUCCUUUGAAUCCAGGGGGAAGACAGACACACCAAAGUUAGCAUCCUCUCACAAGCAACCAUCACAAGCAUUGAGGUGAUGAUCAUCUAACACUUGACUUUGCUGGGGCAGACACAUCAUCCGGAUGUCCAACUUCAGACUCCCAAAGAAGUUUUAUUCUUCCAGCUCAGUCAAGGCAUAUAUGCUCAAGAGAAGGGCAGAGAAAGUGCUUCAAUGAUGUCCUCAACACCAGCUUGAAAACAUGCAACAUCAGCAUCAAUUUGUGGAAAACUAUUGUCCAGGACCACCCCAAAUGGAAAAAGUCUAUUGCAAGGAUCUCAGUACUUUUGAUGACAACAGGAGAUGGAAAAGUGGGAGUGGCAAAAACAGCAUGUUGCACACCAUAUCAGGAAUCCAGAACCAUCCCCCCCUAGGUGGAAACAUUCCAGAUUUGCAGCAGAGCCUGUUGAUCCCAAAUUGGCCUGGUCAUCUAUAUUGAGACCCAGAGAUAGGGCAAUCAUGGAAGAAAAUCAUCCUUGACUGUGAAGGAUUGCCGAAAAACAAUGUGCAAAGAAUUGUGGGUCAUACAGGCCAAGGUUCUCUUUUUACAAUGGCGUGUGGGUAAUAAGGCUUUAUCUGAGCCUGUCGUAAGGGAUUCUGGGUGACAAGAUUCCAAUCUUGGCCAGGACCCUCUGGGAAUAGAGAUCAAUGAAAGUCUAAGGUUGCUGUCUUGCUCCAGAGGAUUGUGGGUAAUGGAGUCCAAGGUUGCCCCUCUUCAAAGGAUUCUGAGUAAUAGAGAUCAAUAUUGUCCUCUUUAAGCAAAAUAUUCCAGGGAACACUGCUUAGAGCCCAGCUUUGGGGGGGCAGGGGGCGGGGGAUCCCGCAUAAGUCUGGGUAACACUACCAGUUCACACGUGAGUCUGGCUGAGAACGUUAUUUCAAGGCAUUCUGGGAGCAAGCCUCCUUUUUCCCCCUGACGCUGGGCAUUGUGGGGACUAUGGCUGCCACCGUACUCCGCGGCCGGGGGAAAAUGGCGGCCUCCCUCGGCCAUGGCCUGCCUUCGCCUUCUGGCCCACGAAACUACAAUUCCCAUGAGACCUUGGCGCACAGGACAAAAUGGUGCCCCUGACCACUCACCAGCUGCAAAAGUUGGUGGGAGCCGGUACUGCGCCCGCCUCCCAGCAUACCUUGCGAGCACGAGGACCGCCCCCCAAAUGGCGCCACCCACUACUGGCGCGGGAGCCAACAUGGCAGCGAAGAGCCCGCGGCAUUCCGGGAGCUGCAGUCCCAGCCGUUCCCUCAGCGGGUCCUCCAACUUCUCGCGGGAUUGUACCUUCCAACAUACUCUGCACGCAAAGGUUGUCCGCCCCUCCUUGGAACAGGGCUGACGCGAUACCCACAAUCUCCUCUGGGAGUUGUAGUCCUUAAGGGCAACGUACUAUUGACACCAAUGAGGGGCGGGACUACAAUGCCCGCCAUGCCCUGCGCGUGGUGUUGUGCUCCUCUAUCUCCCGCUUGCGACACCCAGGUAUUUCCCUGUUGACACCAAUGAGGGGCGGGACUACAACUACCAGCAUGCCCGGGGGUGGGAGGGGAGAGAGGUAGGGAGAACGUGAAGCCAGCAAUAUGGCGGCUGCCGCGGUCGUGGUAGUGGCCGCAGCCUCUCAGAGCAGGUGUCUGUGAAGGGAGGGCUUGCGGGUCGGAGAGGAGGCACCCUGGCCUGAGGUGAAGGCUGGGGUAGGCCCGGUCUAGGCGGCACUAUGGGAAUCCAGGGUUUCCAGGAGUUCGUGGAGAAGCGCUGCCCUGGUGCUGUGGUGCCCGUUGACCUCCUCAAGCUGGCUCGGUCGUUAGCAGGACGGGGCGGGACCCCUCGGCCCCCUGGGUUGGCAGUAGGAGCUGGACCUUACCCUCCGCUGUCGCCACCAACUUCCCAGUGUGCUUCAGUGUUGGUGUCAACAGCCAGGGUCUACCCAUCGACUUCCCAGCAUCCAAAGUGGGUGGCAUCAAUGGCUGGGCCUUACCUGCCAUUGCCAACUUUCCCCAGCAUCCAAAGUGGGUGGCAUCAAUGGCUGGGCCUUACCUGCCAUUGCCAACUUCCCAGCAUGCCUCAGCACUUGAACCCUACCCAUCAAGUUCCUAGCAUUCCUCAGGGCUGGUGUCAGUGGCUGGGGCCUAUCCACUGACUUCCCAGCAUGCCUCAGGGCUGGCAGCAGUCUCGGGCAUACCUGCCACCUUGCCAACAUGCGUCAGGAUUGGUGAUAGUGGCAGCUGGGGCUUAUCCACUGACUUCCCAGCAUGCCUCAGGGUUGGCAGCAGCAAGUGGGGCCUACCCACUGCCUGCCUCACAUGCCCUAGACUUGGCAUCAACUCCCACCCGGCUACUGGUGGAUGCGGACUCAGGGCUACAGCGGCUGUAUGGUGACUACCAGACGGACUGGGUGUGUGCGGGCCAAUGGAAUGCCAUGGUGAGCUACUUCGCGGCCUUGGCCCAGGCCUGUGCAUGCCAGGACGGCCUGGAGCUGGUGGUAAUGUUCAGUGGAGGGUUGGGCAAGAAGCACCUGCCUGAGUGGGGGCGGCAGGCCCAGGCUGAGCGCCAGACUGCACAGCUCAUCUCCAGCCAUGCGGCCCACAAGGAUCCCCCACCCCGUGCCUGGUUCCUCCCGCCUGCCUGCCUGGGCCACUGCCGCCUGGCCAUGAUCCGCUUCCGGGUCAAGGUCUUCCAGAGCUUGGAGGACCAUCACCAAAAGGUGGUUGCCUUCUUUCGGGAGAGUGGCUGCCAUGGGCUAAUUGCCCAUGAUGCUGAGUAUGCCCUGUGCAACAUCCCAGCCUACUACAGCUCCCAUGCCCUCAAACUUAGCUGGAAUGGCAAGAGCCUCAGCACCAACCAGUUCCUCAUGCAAGAGGUUGCCAAGCAGCUGGGCCUCAAGACCUCCAGCUUCCCUGUCUUCGCUGCCCUGCUGGGUAACCGCAUCCUCCCUGAUGAGGACCUGGCUGCCUUUCACUGGAGCCUGCUGGGCCCGGACCACCCACUGGCAUCACUCAAGGUCCAUGCUCACCAGUUGGUACUGCCCCCCUGUGAUGUGGUAAUCAAGGCCGUCUCGGAGUACGUGGCCUCCCUGCCAGACCCUGCUAACCUGGACAACAUUGGCCAGGAUAUCUUCAAGCACUCCCAGUCCAGGACAGAGGACAAGAUGACACGGUUGAAGAAGGCAGUAGAAUACUACUCAGUGUGGGGCUGGGCGCUGCCCCUACCCCCUGUGCCUUCCUCCUGCCUGUUCCCGACUUUUGGCCCCCAGCAGUGUGGUGGGGCAGCACUCAACCAGCGCGGCCCCACUGGAUCCCUCCCUGGUGGGAGGCUGAUGGUAUGUUUUGCUCAACUGUCCCUGAUGCCUGGGUUCUUUUGCGGGGGGAGUUGGGGAGUGAGAGAUGGGGGCACUCAGAGCCCUAGAUGCCUGGGUUCUCUGGGAGGGGAGUGGGGCUGGGUUGAGAGCUGGGAGCCUGGACACCUGGGUUCCCUCCCCAUUUGUGUGCAUCUCUUCUACCCCCAGUUUGGGAAGCUACAGUACUGGGCCCCGUCCCCUACCUCCAGUUCCGCCCCCAACUCUGGCUCUACCUUCCCUUCACCCUCUCCCACACUGGGUGAGGACCCCAUUCUCAGUGGCUGGGCACUGACCUUCCACCCCAAGUGCCCCACCCCUGGCCUGGGUGCCAAAGCAUCAACCUACUUUUCCUCUGACGGCGUUGAUGACCAUGGUGGGGCCAGCACCAAGUUGAGAGUUGGGAGCCCAGACACCAGGGUUCUGACCAGGGCAGGACCAGAUGAGAGCUGGACACCUGGAUUGCCCAGGUUCCAGCUCCCUGGCUCAUGCCUUGUCCUCCUUUCCACUCCUCCCCAUCCCUGCCACAGCCACAUGCCAGGGGUGGGGCAGCAGGGCGGGGCUUGGGGGCCAGUGGGGGGCAAAGCUGAGCCCCCCAUCCCCUCGCUGCUGUCCAUGGCCACAUGGCUCCACCUGGACCUGACAGCCCCCCCACUCCCCCCUGUGGCGCCUGAGGUCUUGCAUGGCCUCAUGUACCCUGGCAUCUACCACCUGCUUACCAAGGGCGAGAUCAAGCUGCCCAUGUGUAUUGAGGACGAGGGUACUAUGGAGCUGCUGCCGGCUGCUGUACUCUUCCGUGCUGCCCUCCAGCACAUCUAUGGUGUCCUCUUCAGCGUGGCUGAGAGCCAGCGGUGCCCCCAGUGUCCUGGCCUGCACUGUCACGGCCCAUGUGAAGCACCACCUGUCAUUGUAAAGGAGUGGGCAGCCUACAAAGGCAAGGCCCCUCACAGUCCUGAGCUGGUGCCGGCACUGCCUGUCCGUGAGUGGACCUGCCCUAACCUGAAGCAACUGUGGCUGGGGAAGGCGGCUGAGGACCGAAGUCAACGCAUGCGUGCCUUUCUGGCCUGUCUGCAGGCUGACACACCUGCCAUGCUCAACCCUGCAUGUGUGCCCACCCACCUGCUGCUGCUCUGCUGUGUUCUCCAGUACAUGGUGCAGUGGCCAGGGGAGCGGAUCCUGCACCGGCAGGACCUGGAUGCUUUCCUAGCCUAGGCUGUGUCCCCUCAGCUCUGUGAGCCAGGUCAGCUCCAGGAGCUCAAGCUGGAGCAGGUGGACGCGCGGGGGGUGCAGCUAGCAGCACUGGCCAUGAGCGGUGUGGACAUGGCACUGAUGGCCAACGACGCAUGUGGGCAGCCACUGCCCUGGGAGCACUGCACCCCCUGGGGCUACUUCGAUGGGAAGCUCUUCCAGAGCAAGCUGCAACACACCACACGAUACCGCGCCUCCCUGCUGGAGCUCUGUGACAGACAGCCUGAGCAGGUGGCCAAGGUAGAGAAGAUGCGGCAGAGCAUUCUGGAUGGCAUUAACCAGGGGCACCAGGCUGCGCCCCUGCUGCUGCUAGCUCUGCCCUUUGCCACACCCAUGGCCCCACCCUUCUACUCCACUGGCCCACCCACCCCUGUCCGGACUGGCAGCUUUGCAGGUGAGUGCUGCCCCCACCAUUUGGUCUCUCCCUUGUUUACUCCGAUCCCUUGUGGCCACUCCCCAUCCUUUUUGACCACUUCUCCUUUCCUGCUUGCUCCACCUCCUUUCUAGCCCUGCCCAUUUUCUGGUCAUGCCCCCUUCCUGACUCCACCCCUUCUUUCUGGUCCCAUCCCCCUCCAUGCCUGCCUCUUCUUGGGCUGGCCAUGUCCUUUUCUGCCUACGCCCCCUUGUUUGUGAGGAUGCUCUGUUCUAUGUGGCCACAUGCCUCCAUCCUGGUUCAGGAGGUGUGAGAGCAGGGGGCCUGGGAACCUGCACACCUGAGUUCCAUCCUGGCUUGGUGGGGAGAUGGUUAGAGCAGGAAACCUGAAUGCUGGGGUUCUCCCAGAUCUCAGAGGGGAGUGGAGGCUGGGGGGUUUUAGCAGGGGUGGGCUGGCUGGGCACCAGGGUGCCUGGGUGCCAUCCUUGCUUGGGCAGGGGUUAGAACAAGGGGGCUGGGAGCUGGGACACCUGCUGAUGGCUCUGGGUUGACCCUUUUGCUGAGAUACCUGCUGAUGGCUCUGAUGGCUCUCGGUUGACCCUUUUGCCUUCCCUUCCCCAACCCCAGGUCUGCAUCCCAUCCCGCCCCAGGGGGGCAAGCUGGAGAUCGCUGGCAUGGUGGUGGGGCAGUGGGCUGGGAGUAAGCCUUCACGGGGCCGUGGUUCCUGCGGCAUGCAGGUGGUGUCUGUCGGGGGACCAGGCAAGGGGAAAACAUAGGUGGUGGGGGAGUGCUGCCCCUAAUGACUUUUCAGCUUCAUGGGUCUGAAUAUUGCCCUUUGUGAAUAUUCAUAAUGGGAAUGUCUCUGACUACUUGUCACCUGCCCUGGUGCCUGUGACCUCAGCUUCCCUUGGAUUGUUCAGCUUUAGUGAAAAUAUUUUAGAUAAAUGGAUAGACAGAGGUAUAGCUAUACAGGUUGGAUAAAGAUAUAUAAAUAUAGAUAAGUAUAUUGAGAUAGAUAUCCUAUCAAUAUCUAAAUACAUAUAUAGAUUAGAUAUAUGCAUAUAGAUACAGAUGUAGAUAUAUCAGUAUAUAUGUAUAGAUUCGAUAUAUAAAAAUAGAUAUAGAAACAGCAAUAGAUAUAUAGAUAGAUGUGUGUAUAUAUAUAUAUAUAUAUAUAUAGAGAGAGAGAGAAAUAGGUUAGAGAGCUAUUUAGAUACUUAGAGAUAUAGAUAUAUAGAUAGUUAUAGGAGACAUAUGUAUAUAUAGGAAGAUAUAGAUUAAAUAUAUAGAUAGAAAGCUAUAUAUGUAGAUUUGUAAAAAUAUACAUACGGAGAUAUACCAUACAUUAGAGAUAUAGAUAUAGAGAGAGAUGGGUGUGCAUGUGUAUUCUAAAUAAAUACAAAUAAUGAUAGUAAAGCAUAAAUAAUGCUUCAUAAAGAACAUAAUGUGGUAAUAAGCAAAUAGCUAAAAAUAAUAGUGAUACAUAAUACAAUUUAUUAAUGUAAAAUAAUGUAAUGGUAAGUAAAUUAAAGAUUAGUGAUAACGAAUAAACAAUGAAACUUUAUUAGCAUAGUGUAACAAUACAAUACUGAUAUGUGAUAGCAAUAUAUAAAUAAUGAUGUUUUAUUAGUGUAAUAUAAUACUAAGUUAUAAAAAUAAGUGAUAGUGAUGUAUAAAAUAAAUAAGGCAGCUUUAUUAGCAUAAUGAUAAUAUAAUGCUAAGUUAAUAUAAGAGAUACAGUUGGGAUACAUAAAUGACAAAGCUUUAUUAACAUAAUAUGGUCAUUAAUAUAAUGCUAAGUAAAUAAAAAAUGACAGUGAUAAAGCAUAAAAUAAAUAGUGAAGGUUUAUUAGCAUUAUGCUAAAUAAUAUUAUUCUAAAUAAAAAUAACUGAUAGUGGUCGUGUCUACACAUGCAAUUAAUAUGAAGCAAUAAACCCUGGAGCUUAUUGCAUAAGAGUUUAUUGCUCUUGGGUGUGCCAUUUGAACGUGUUCUUGGGACUGCUGCAGGUUGAGCUGGGUUGGCCCAGCACCAGCUGGCAGCGGCCCAGGGGUCAGCUUGCCAGCCUGGGGCUGCUCCCCCCUGGUUCAAUGGGCUGCAGAAGAGCUGGCUGGAGUACAAGAGUGCUCCCAGAGCAGGGCUAGCUGGCAGGCAGCCCUCUCAUUGAAGCACCCUCAUGCCCCAGCCAGCCAGGGCAGCAUCUAUACAUGCACUGCUGCAGAGUAAAAAAAAAAACAAAAAAAAUCUGCAGCAGGAUAGUACUUAUAUUUACAAGACUUUCCUGCUGAGGAGUAAAUUAAUUUACUCCAGCCUAAUAGGGGCAUACCUGUAGACACGCUAUGUUUACUGAGGCAGUAAACAUCUUGUGUAGGCAUGCCUGGUACAGUAAAAGCUCUCUUAUCUGGCAUCCUCUGGGCAUGGGGGAUACCAGAUAACAAAAUGUGCCUGGCUGCCGCUUCUCCCGCCACAUCCCUCCGCCCUGCUGUCCCUCCCGCAGCAUUGCCAUCUCUCCCACGUGCCCUGUGGGCCCUGUGGGAUGAGGAGGCGGGCCCUGCACAGCCCCACACAGCCUGUUAUGCCCCCAGGCCAUGGGGGCUCAGAGAAACUGGAAGUGCCACAGUGGGCACUUCUGGUUUCACUUUUCCUUACAAGCCAACAUGCUGGUUAACAGAGCAUGACAGCUUGUAAGGUGCCAGUUACCAGAGAGUUUACUGUAAUAUGUAAAAUAGAUAAUGAAGGUUUAUUAGCGUAGUAUGGUAAUUAAUAUAACACUAAGUAAGUUAACAUAAAAAGUAAGGCAUAGAAUACAUAAUAAAGCUUUAAUAAAACAUAAUAUAAUAAUAUAUGAUAUGCCAAGUAAAUACAUGAAAAUAAAUAACAGGAAUAUAUACACACACACACAGAGUAAAGAAAAAUGCAGCUUUAUUAAAAUAAUCAAUGGGCCCUUUCUCGUUAUUGGAGAAAAAACAUGCUAAUUAACCAUAAUAAUCCCUAUGGACUAUUAUACAUUUUUAAAUGGCUUUUAAUUCUUUUGUUAAUUCUUCUGGACCUUAAAGAAGAGUUAUCCAGAAGGAAUCGGAUUCAUUAUGAAUUUGGUCUCCUUGCAUUUUCUUGUUUGUCACAUUUAAUAUUCAUCCCAAUUAGAAGCAUUGUUGGCCAGUGGUAUUCCCCUCUUCCUUACCUCUCUAAUUAGAAGAGGCAGGUUCCAAGAGAUGACUCUUUGGAUUGUUUGAAGCAAUUGUUAUUAAUGACUUGUGCUUCUUAUCAUUAGAAUAAUGAUUGGGAAUCAACCUAAUUAAUUAACCCUAAUAUUACAGGUAUUAAGGAUCCUUGUUUAUUAUUCAGCAUCCCCAGUUGAAAGCCUUUUUGAGUGUGUAUCUCAUUAUGCAUAUAUGCAUUAAUCCUGGCAGUGACCUUACUGCAUUGUUAGUCUCAGUUAAUUCAUUAGGCAUAGUUAGUCUAUUUAUAAUGGCUUAUAUUUGAUUCUUCUUAAUGUUAAUGAUGAUUAUUUAAUUACUUGACUAUUGUGAAAAACCUAUAGGGGAUGGAAAGCUGUCAUAAUUAGUCAUUGCUAAUUACCAAGGAUCCUGGUUUUCUCUGAUUAAGAAAUAGCAAAUUCUCUGAUUAAAAACCCUGGAAUCCUCAUUCUUCUGUGAUUAAAACAAAACAUCACUAUAUAUUUAGGUAUGUUUUAUUGAUGCAUUGUUUUAUUGAUACAUUUACAAUUUUAAAGCAAUUUGGAAGCCUACCAGUGCCUCAAUCCCUAUAGUAAAAUAAAUUCUAAAUACCUAUACAUUUAGCCCUACCUAUGCCAUUGUCCCUCACUCCUAAACCACAGCCCCCAACCCUACUUGUGCCCCUCACAUCCUAUCCACAGCACCCUGCCAGAGGGGGACAGGGAAGGUUUGAAAUCCCACCCUUGCUUAUAGAGCAAGUACUAUAUUUAUGUGUCUACUACACAUCUCUUUCCCUCCCCACUCAGCCAAGAAAAUGCCUUGUGGGUAAGACGGACUUUGAAUCUGGGUUCCUCAUUAAGUUGUAGCUCGCCGACCCCCCCCCCCCCCCCCCCAGUUUCCCAUCUUGGGUUUUGGGUAAAGCGGGGAGCAUGGUAUGCUAAGAAAUAACGGUAGGGGCAGGGGUUGGCCAUGCAGGAGUGGGAGUUGCCCACGUCAGGCUGGGUGGCUGUGGCCAAAAGAGUUGGCAGCGUGUGUUGUAUAAUUAUUCUUCAGCUGGAUCUUCCAAGGGCUUCUUCUGAUAGAAGAUCCAGCAUCAGAAAAACUAACAGUUGAUUCUGAUGGAUCUUCUGAUGGUUCCUUUGGAUGAUUCUGUGGAUGGUCCUUGUGAUUAGUUCUUCUGAUGAUGGAUCUUUCAGUGGUUCCUUGUGGUGGAUCUUCUGAUAAUGGAUAUUCCAAUGGAUCUGAUGGUUUCUUCCAACAGUUCCUUCUGAUGUUUUUCUGAUGAUGGAUCUUUCUGACAGUUCCAGCUGGCUCCUCCACUGAUUCCUCCAAUUGUUCUUCUGAUGGUUCUUCAGAUAUUUCUGCUCAGCAGCUGGGUGGAUUCUCCAUCCCCCGGGUAUCCUUUGGCCAAGAGGUGGCUCUUCCCUGCUGCUGCCUUUUGAGUCCAUGGCAAAGGAACUGGUGUCUCUGACAAAGUGAAUCUAGCUAAACCCUGCCCCCCCCCCCCCUUCCUCUGCUGGCAAGGUGUUCUUUUGACCCCCUUGGCUCGUCUUCUUGGGGGAUCAUGACCUGGAGCCAAUUCCAGCACUCAGCUGCUGGCAAUAUCCCAGCAUUUGCUUCUGGCUGGGACCCAGGCAUCCUGUGCUUCCCCACCACACUGGGAAAGAAUCCUGCCCAUGCAGGGAUUCCCUGUCCUGGGGUUUAGGAGGUGGGGGGCGGAAGGGGGUGAAUAGUAGCUGGUCAGGGGGAUCUCUGCUGUCAGAGGAUGGAGAUGGGGCUGUCAGCUGGGGUUCAGGAAGCUGGGGCUGUUAUUCGUGUCCCAGACUGAUCUCACUGGGAGUGAGUUGGUCUGUUUUGGGGGGUUUGAUGUUAGAAGUUUAAAACUUGGGGCAUGAAAUGUGUCCAUAGCCUGCCUCAGGUGGUCAAUGGAUCCAUCCAUCCUCAGCUGCCCCCUCUGUCUGUCUAGCCUCAUGGAUGUCCUUUAUCCAGCUAGACAGACAGAUGUCCCCAUGCACCUCAUCCAUUCAUCCAGCUAACUAUCCAUCCUCACACACACCCUUUGGUCUGUCUAGCUACCCACACUCUAAUGUAUCUGUCCAUCCAUUUGUCCACCCAUGCUCUUUAUCCAGUUGUGUAUCUAUCCCCAAACCAUCUGUCUAUCACAACACACCCUUUAUCUAUUCAUCUGCCUAGCUAUUCCCAGACCAUUCAUCCCCAUACACCCUGUAUCCUACACACCCUCUAUAUAUCCAUCUGUCUAGCUAUCUCCACACCACCUAUCCAUCCCCACACCAUCUAUCCCCACACACUCUUUAUCAAUCUACCCAUUCAUCCCCACACACCCUAUUGACCACCCCUACACACUCUUUAUCCAGCUGCCUUAUCUCUACCCAUACAUAUCAUCCAUCUAUCUGUCCUCACACGCUACUUUGUCUGUCUAGCUAGCUGUGUACACAUCAUCCAGCAGUUCCCACACACUCGCUGUCUAUCCAUCCCUGCACACCCUUUAUCUAUCUGCCUAGCUAUACCCACACACCUCAUCCAUCCAUGCAUUCUACACCCUUUAUCUUUCCAUCUGUUUUUAGCUAUCCCCACACCGUUCAUCCACCCACCCGUGCCCAGGCCCAUUCUCCCCCCUCCUCUUCCUGGCAUCUACCCCUUGCCUGUUGCCCAGACCUCUUCCUUCAGACGCCAUUUUUCUGCUACCCAGAUACAGCCCCCCCCCUUGACACCCCUAUGCUCAGCCCCCUCUCCCCCCAGCAUGUCUAGCACUGGCUUUUAGGCUGGGUUUUUGUUUUUUUCCCCCCAAAAGCUCUGUGCACACCAAAGCCUCUCUCUUACUCCCUGGGAAAGUCUGAGCCUAGGCACCACAAUCUGCGCUUGAGGCUCGAGGAGAAUCCACACUGUGCCCCCAGAAGAGCUGGAUGGACCAGUCGGAAUAAAAGUUUAUUCUUUUA